AUGGUUGGCAAAGGGUCAAAAAUUCUUGGCGGUAGUCCUGGCGUCUCAGGCAUUUGCUAUCAGAGGGGGGAGGGAGGGAGGGAGUGGAAUGGGGAUAGGCGCAUCGUCAAAAAGAACAAUCCCGAUGGAAAAUCCUUUUUGCAUUUGCAUGGCAACUCUAAUUGGGGAGAGGCGAUGGGUAAAUGUCCGUUGUCAGGGAGCGCCUUCGAAGUGUACCGACGGUCUCUGCGGAUUGUUCCAGACUUUUGGUGCCCCAUGUGGCAGUUACCCCAGCUCGAGACUGAAUUCAGCAAGCUUCUCAGGAUCGUUUUACAGUGUUCAUUGUCCACAAGAUCAGAUUCACCCCGACUGCGGUUGCCUUCUUCACACCCCAACGGGAUGAUGCCCAAAUACCAAUGCUUGGGAAUCUGGGUGGCCCGUGUCAGAUCCCCAACAACUCAACCGUUCUUCAGUCGCAUCGACUUGGCCUUGUCCGACGGAGGGUUCAUUCGUGUGCGGCGGUUAGGCGCUAUGAUGGAAAAAGGAUUGAUACGCGUAGAAAGGAGUUGUGGCGGAGAGAACACAGAGAACACAUUCACCGUGCAUCGUCAAGGCCACCCACACGGACCAAAAGAAAUUUGA